CAGCAGCUUCCACCCGUCUGCAACUGCCGGGAAACGGUAAGGGGAGCACUCGAGGAGUUGCUUCCCAAUGCGGUGAAGCAGGCGGUGGAUGCGGCACAGCCGGCAGCGAUGCAUCAGCAAGUGCAACAGCCAGAUAAAAUCUGCUUUAAUCACCGUGUCUGAAGUUCCAGUUCCUCCCAAAGUCCAGGAGAACCUUCAGGACAAUGCAGGCUGUAGGGAACUUGUUUCUGUCGGUGAGCCUGAGACCCAUCUGAAGGCCAACAGCAUCACAGGUAAAUACGGAAUGUGGUUCCAGGACCCAGAGUCUCCAGGAGCUCCGUAUGGGCCAGACACGGUGUGGUGCAUCGACACUGUGAGCAGUGAAGUACGAGAACUGUACGCCUAUGAAAACCUGGAGCAGCUUGCCCGUGACUACCCCACCAAGGUCCUGCUUUUACCAGAGUCGAUGGGGAGCACCGGGGCCACCGUGUACCACGGAUUGCUUUACUACCGACGCAGACAGAGCCCCACGUUGCUGCGUUAUGACGUUGCUGCUGAGAACAUCGUGGCCUUGAGAGAGCUGCCACACCCGGAAUUCCACAGCCAGUAUCCUUAUUCCUGGGGUGGCUACACCGACAUCGACCUGGCUGUGGGUGCCAAGGGACUGUGGGCCAUUUACAGCACAGAAAAGGCUCGUGGAACCUCAUCAUUAUCUCACAGCUGGAUCCUGAAAACAUGAGAGUGAUCAGAAGCUGGGAGACCAACAUCCAGAAGAACAAAGUGCCGAACGCUUUCAUGGUGUGUGGCAGACUGUACACUGCACAACCCAACUUUUAUAACAUCGUGUAACUUAGCGCCAUCUUCUGGCAAAUAGAUUCAACUGCAAAUACAGUGAUAACGUAAGUGCUUCCAAAACUUCCUCUGGUGCCUCCUUCAUUCUGCCAUCAUUAUCCUUCAUGAAAAUGAUCCAGCAUCUUUAUGAAAGUAGUGGUGUGUUCUCUAAAUGUGCUUAGAAAAAUGGGUGAAUAUAGAAAGAGGUAGAUUUUGGAUAAAGGAAACCCACAGGGGACUUCACAUGGAAGUGUAUUUUGUUGGAAUAUGUGAUGGUAACAACCUGUAUAAGUUCUUUAAAUGCACCUCUGUAUCUAAAUAAAUAAGUAAAUUUAAAAUAAAGAAAAUUAAAUAUA